CACGAAAGAACAUGGCGGACACCCCGCUGUUUCGGAUCUGAUGAUUUAUUUAAACUUUUAGAUUCCACGCCCCCUUAUUACUGCCUACAAUGGGAUUAGAGGUUUUGAUACAAGUGCAGUAAAAAGCUCUUUCCAUGACGAGAAUCGGCUGGAAUGGAGCCCAGCACUCCGACUGAAGGCGGAGGAACGAUUAACUCAGGGGACGGUGCCAUCAACGCCAUGAGCCUUGGUUCAGUGGGUAUGGCACUCCCUGUAACCUCUGGCAUUGACCCAUCAGUAAACACAGCGAUAAGUUCGGGUGCAGUCUCCGGCACAAUCUCGGUACCUUGCACAGCUGGUGACGGUUCGGGUUCACAGCAGCAAGGUCAGCAGCCAGGGAGCAUUCCCGCCCAGGCUCAGCAUAUCCAGAUCCCCGGUACCGCCAUGUCGAUCGGUAGCCUGGCCGUGGCCAUGGGCCUCUCGGGGAGCAACACAGACCCCAACAGUUUAACAUUCACUAGCAACGCCCUCGCCUCGCUCAGCGCUCGGAUGGGUAUGAGCUCUGUGGCUGGGUCAAACCCAGCCGGGCUGGUUGCCCCUGGCAACAGCCUCGUAACUUUUCCUGGGAGCACAGCGUUAAACCUUGUUCCCGGCGUGAGCAUGAAUCUCCCUUCAGCUGGGGGAGGCGUGAGCAUCGUGGACGGGGGAGGCUUAAGCAUGGCGGUUGCUGGCGGAAUGGCCAUGCACGCCCAGGGGAACGUCAACGUGGUGGGCGUGCCCUCCUCCAAUGAGCUCACGAACUCGAACAGUAUUGCCAGCUCAGGCCAACAACAUCAACAGCAGCAGCAGCAGCAGCAGACUCAGCAGCAGCAGCAGCAGCAGACUCAUAACGGGGCGUCGCUGCUGCCGAACAAUGUGCAUAUCAACGCCGGCGGCAGCAAUGUGAACAUGGUAAACAACAUGCCGCCCGUCUCUUCCAGCGGUCACCUGUCCAACUCCGGUUGUUGUGGUGGCUGCAAGAACAGGGUCACAGUAAAAGACCAGUCCUCGCAGACUGACCUUUCCACUGUCAUACAGUCUGGGUUACAAUUUCUCAUGGAAAAGAAUGGACUUCUAAACGUGAAGGCAGAAGAGCGUCUGGCUCGAAGUGGUUUGAUGCCUGGUGCUCGCCUCAUAGCCCAUGGACAAGGCUCCACCAUCAGUCAUGCCAACCCCAACAGCCAUCACGGGCCCAACAUGCCCUGCAGCUGCGACUUCUGUGGCCGUAUGUUUGCCAAGAAGGAGUAUUUACGGCGGCACGUGCGCAUACACACAGGGGAGCGCCCUUACAAGUGCGUCAUCUGUGGCCACAGUUUCCGUCGCAGCCACCACCUGCGCUGCCAUGAGCUGACACACACGGGCACCAAACCAUACACUUGCGGGAUCUGCGGCAAGGCUUUCAACUUAAGCCACCACUUGCGUCGUCACGAGAUGACCCACACAGGCGAAAAACCAUACGCGUGCACCGAGUGUGGGAAGGCGUUCACCCGCAAGCAACACCUAGACCGCCACUACAAGACGCACACGGGCGAGUACCACCGCACUUUCAAGUGCCCGUUCUGCGAGAAGAUGUUCUUCCGUGCGCACCACCGUGACAAACACAUGAAGCGCCAUGGUGAGGAAUUACUGACCACCCCUGACCUGACUGCUGCUACCUUUUCCCCAGUCAACAAUGUGAACCUGUCGAUUCGCGCUGACGGGACCCUGCGGGCGGACGGCCUCACCUCUUCUCCGAUCAGCGUCGCCAGCAAGGACGACUCUCACAGCUCGGAGGAUUACCUGACCUCGGACGAGGAAGGCAAGGGAGGCAACCCGAACAAACCGAAGGAAGGCAGCAAGAAGCGGAAGGGCACCUCGCCCAUGCGGCUGCGGUUCCCGUACGACUACAACGCCAAGGAGGGCCCGGACGGGCUGAAGCUCUCCAACAUGGACCUGAGCCAGAUGAAGAACAUGACCUUCCCGCUGCCCCAGGGAGUGGCGGGCCCAAGCCACGGCCCGGGCGGCCUCUCUGCACAGGCCAGCACCAUCCUGACCACCCCGACCCGUGGAAGGCCCAGGGGCAGUAAGAACAGAGGGGGCAGCUCCAGCCGAGGGAAGAAGAAGGCGGAGAGAGAGCGGGCACAGCUGAUGAACCAGCUGGCGUUGGGAAUGAAAACAGAACAGAUGGAUCUGGAACGGGAUGGUUACGGGGGAGCUGGGGGCGUGAAGAAGGACGAUGACACCCUUGGCGCGUCUGGUGCCGGGGCGGCGGGAGGCGGGGUGUAUGGGGGCAAAACCAUCCCCAACAUCCCGCAGCAGUUUGUCUCCGAGUCGGUGGUGGUGAGGCACCCGCUUCAGGUGGGCAGCCCCCAUGGUAUGGGACCGGGGGGCCAGCAGGUUGGUCACGGUGGUGAGAAGGGUGGGAUGUCCAGCAAGCCAGACGGCUCUACCCCCGGGCCGGUGCCCACACCGACCCCAACCCCGACCCCAGACGGCAGAGGCCCCCCGCUGCAGUGGCAGAAUCAGCAGCAGCAGCAGCAGCAGCAGCAACAGGUGGGAGGCAUGAACCCAUCUGGGGGUGGCGGUAGUAGCGGAGGUGGCGGUGGUCCCGACUACAUGUCGGGUUUGAACCGGCAGCUCCACACGCCGGGCCCCACCUCGGGGGUGAACUCGGGCGGCGGUGGGGGCGGCCCGGCCAGCAACGGCUCGGAUGUGCAGCAGACGAUGCACUACAAGCCACCGGGCACGCCCGAACAGUCUCUGCACCACUCGUGGUCGGCGUCCUCCGGCUGGCCCCGCCUCUCCCUGGCCUCUGAGCCCUCGCUGCUCAACUACAACCAGGUGGACGCCUCGCGCUUCAUGUACAGCGCCUCUAAGGCCAUGGAGAUGCGCAUGGCCGACUUGCGUGGGCCGCAGAACUUUGAUGCAGGCCAGUGGAAUCAGGGCCGGCGGGAACCCGGACAGGAUAAGGGUGACAAUCGUAUCUACAGCAUGCAUCAAUGAGCAGGCCGCCACGUCAUAUGACUGACUUUUUUUCUCUCUCUGAACGAGUUGUGCAAAGUGAGACAUGCAACUGUAUACUUCAGAC